GUCCGCAAAUGCCCCGUAUUACUUGAGUUUACAUUCCCAUUUCAAUCAAUUCCCAGCACAAGGAAUUCAGAUAAGCAAACACAUUUCAAUAAAGUGGCUGCUCAAUAGGGAAUAGGGAAAGCUCAAUAUUUGUUUCAAUUGUGUCCGCAAUGAAAAAUGUCAGCGGAAGUGGCCGAACUUUCCGAAUGACACAAUCCAUUAACGCAGACACUACACUGCACAAAAAGGCUGCAAUAACUAGAUUUACUGCUUCGAAAAUGGGGAAGUAUGUGUCUGUCUGCAACGAAAUGCUGAUGCUCUUCGGCAUGAUUUACGUCGACAAUUAUCGCAACAAGCCGUGCUCCGGGAUCUACUUGACAUUAACAUCGUUUUACCGGCUAGGACCUUGCACCUCCUGGUCCUCUCCCCGUCCACGUCCUCGUACUCAUGACGCCCCUUGGACCGAAUCGCUUAUGUUGGCGGAUGGCAAGGACGCGGAUGCUAAGGGGACUCCUAGGAAAUCCUAGGAAAGAGAUCAAUUUAGCGGCCAGCAGUCUGUGGCAGUGAUAAAAAAGCACGGCCAUGUCAGCACAACACAAUCCAACUCCCGGCGACGUCACGCAGUGAUUAAUUAUGCUUGAAAGACAAACAAGCAGCAUAUGCUCCUGGGCAAGGCUUAUGCCUACAUACAUAU